GCGCACGCGACUAUUCGCAGAUACGUAAACUCAAAGGACGUGAUGGAUCCCGGACACACGCAACGUCCCUGGCGGAGCUUAUGCCGUACUAUUUGAAAACGUAACCUCAAUCUCUCGCGCCGUUCCCGCAACGUCACGUAAAAGAUAAACGAUAUUGAAUUUUUCUGUGCGUAUUCUGGUGGAAUUUUUCCAAUACACUAGCGAAAGUUGAUAUUUAUUUGGUCGAUGUAAAUUUUCCUACUUUCGUAACUUUUAAAACAUACAAACUAGCUACCAGCAUGUCAGGCACAGGCAAGGAAACAACCGAACUGCAAGCAUUUAAAACGGUCCUUUAUCAUAGCGUGGUAAUACUCGCGCUACCUGUGAUAUCUUUCUUUACAAGCAAAAUUUUUCUAUUUGAUGGUAUAUUAGGUCUCAACAAUGUGCCAAGUAGCGUGUAUUCGGCUGGGGUUGCAGUGAUCGUAUUACACAUUGCUUUAGGAGUUUUUAUAUAUAGAGCGUACUUCGACGAUCGAUCAAAGACACCGGCAAUUAAAAGAGAUUAGUUUUUUAUUAUUAAGUACACCUUGGUGACCAUACACUUAAGACAUAAUCACAGUCAACACAUUUGUUUUCGGAUAAUACUAAGCGAUAUUGUAAAGUAAAUCUUUGAUGUGUUGUUACAACAUUUAUUAACAUAUUUUUCUGUACUUUCAGCUAGUGAUUGGUUAAAAGCCAGUUGCAAUUUGCUAAAAUUAAUAAUUAGUACUAUCUAACGCUGAUUCAUAUGGAAAUGAACUCUCACAAAGCAACUUACAUUCCAUAAUUUUUUUCAAACAUUACAUAUUUGCUAUUGUAUGCUUCAAAUGUACGGACAUCCAUAUUACAAAUGUUAAAAUAUUACAUAUUUUCAUGUACAAACAAAUGUACAAUGAAAUUAUGUGGUGCAUAAAAUAUUUUUUGUCCAUAAUGAAUGGAAAGUAUAGAUUAUUUUUAUCUGUACAAUCUCAUUUUUUAUAUGCAAGUGUCGAUGGCAACACAAGGUUUCAAUUAUUUUUAUUUGUUUAUUGAAGUGAAAGAUAGAUGUCCAUAUUUUCCUUUGUACAGAGAGUUUAAAAUUCUAAUUUAUUUAAAUUCUAUAUUUACUUAAAUUUAAGUUUAAAGAAAAAAAGAAAUAUUUUGAAUCUAUUUAAGCUUGUUUACAAAUAAAUGAAACAAACAUGUAAUUAUUAAUAUAAAAUGAGUAUCGAUUAAUGAAACUCAAACUUAGUAGCCACAAUAUGGGAAAAAAAUAAAAUAAAAACUUUACCAAAGCAUUAAGUUAAACAAAAA